AUGAAUUUGCGUCAACAACUAGGUUCGGGCCUCAGCAUGGCCAUGGUGUUAGCCAGCGCCUUUGCGUUUUGGAAACUGUUUUCGAUUGUCACGCUGUCGAACUCGCCGAUCGUCGUGGUGCUGUCCGGGUCGAUGGAGCCGGCGUUCCAGCGUGGCGACGUGCUGUUUCUAUGGAACAGAGAGCAGUACGUCGACGUGGGCGAUAUUGUUGUUUACAAGUUGCACGGAAAGGAUAUUCCGAUUGUGCACAGGGUCGUGAGAGAACACAAGGUGAAGGAAAAGAGCAAGAAGGUGAAAAAGCCCCAGCAGAAACAGAAACUGCUCACCAAAGGUGAUAACAACGAAAGAGACGAUCUGCCAUUGUACUCGUACGGCCAGCAGUAUCUCGACAGAGACCGCGACAUUCUUGGCCGUGUGUUUGGCUACGUCCCGUGGAUCGGCUACGUGACCAUUCUGAUUACAGAAAACGUCUAUUGUAAGUAUGCAAUGAUGGCGAUGUUGGGGCUCUCUGCGCUGUUGCAGGACGAAUGA